UGUUCAUCUGUUUUUGCAACCAACUGGUCAAUAAUCAGUCAAGAGGUUGGCAAGCUGUUCUGAGAAAAGGUGGUCUCCAGUGGUUAGCGCAUGAGCCUGGAACGGGGACAACCAGUGUUCAAGUCCUUUCUCUGCUAUGGGAAUCUCCAAGAAUCCCCUCAGUGCCCGCGCUGGCAUGGGGUCGUUCUGAAGGUCGGGUGCGCCGGGGUCAUCGUCCUGCUGGUGAUGGUAGCCGGGCUGAGUGCUUGGGUUUUCCAGGGCUUCUCAAAUAAAAUGGAGAAAAGAUCAGCCUUGAAGAGCGACGGUGUCACACCGAGAACCGGAAGUGGAGGAGAACGCAACGCCAGCCUGGAGGACUUGUUUUCUCGUCUGAAGCAGAAUCUGUGUGAUCCGGCCCAGAUAAGCUCAGCAGGUGGCUCCGGGUGCAAACUCUGCCCCGGGAACUGGGUGCUGCACGGGGACAAGUGCUACUGGCUUUCGAACGAGGCUGACACCUGGAGCACGAGCCAUGACGACUGUUCAAGGAAGGGAUCUCAAAUGCUGGUGAUCCAGGAUCGGGAACAGAUGGAUUCCCUGCAGCCUGUCCUACCAGCUGACCUUGCUGUUUGGAUUGGCUUAACAUUUAACUCGACACAAGGGAAGUGGACCUGGCUGGACGGUGCCUCUUUCCAUGGAAAACUGGAACUCCCAGAAUCAAGUCAGGGUGCAGAGAGCAACUGUGGAACGUUAAUAAAGAAUAAGACUGAUUUUGACGUCUGCAGCACUGAAUUAAAAUGGCUCUGCCAGAAAGCAGCUUUCCAGCUAUAGACAGCGGCACGACUGAUCGGGACAGGAAAAGGCCUUCAGUGUCUGAAACAUCUACAGUAUUUUCAGCUUUACUUAUAAAUGUCAUGUCAGAAGCUGGGGCCAGAGCCCUGCUGGCGUGACUCAGCCAUAGCUCCACCGGAGACAAGGGGGCCAGACCCCCAGCUGGUGGACAUCUGCGCCUUUGAUGUCAACCGUCAAUAGUUUUAUCGUCCACUAAAGAAAAGCAAAUCCACCCACUGGGCCCUAAUUGCCAGAGGUUUUCCCCACUCCAGCCCCCCAGGAAUAAAGAGGACACACCCCUCCCCCCAGGCCUGGCAGAGCUGGGGAGCUAGUGCCCCCGCAACGGAAAUAUUGCAACCUUGCACAAUGGGCGCACAGCUUGGGGGUGGCGGGCAAGAGUGGGACCAAGGAGGCUGGAACGGGCCUGGGAGCAGGUAGGGACCAACCCUCCCAGCCUGGAGCCCCUCCCCCCCAGGCUAAACCCCUCCCCCCAAAUGCUAAGUCUCAGAACCUCCCUUCACGAUUCCUUCCUGUCUCCCUGCCCCCAUUCCCAGGGAACCUCCACUUCCACCCCCACUUCGCUCCCCUUUAACCAGCUUCCUUUAAUAUGCUGCCCCAACUAGCCAUGUGACCAGUUAACCCUUUACAGGCUGCAGCGCCUUUUCCUUCCUGCAGACCCCGUCUGUGUGUCCUGGCUGGAUGCGAAGCACGGUCACUUCUAUGGGGAAAUAAAUGUUUGUGAAAACAUUGUGUUGCUUUCCAGAUUUGUAUUUAUUUACUGUUAAUAUCGUGAAGUGGGAUAGAGGCCCUGAGACCAGGGCCCCAUUGUGCCAGGUGCUACACAGAGACACAGCGAGAGACAGUCCCUGCCCCAGCUGAGAUCAGGUUCCCGUUGUGCCGGGCGCUGCACAGACACACAGG